UCAAUCAAAGGCAGAGCUCAGAGCUAGGGAAGGAGCUGUAGAUGGCGGCUCAGCCCUGGGAAGGCUGCAUAGGCUUUCAACACACGCUUUCUGACCCGGCUACUACCAGGUUACCUUCUUAAAUGGUCAUAUCUGGACGUUUGAGCUUUUCCGGACGCAGUUUUAAUCUUUUUCGUAGGUUUUGGUCGGGUUUAGAGCUGUAUUUAGUCGCGAAAGAACGGAGUGUGCUGGCGGAGUGCUGUCGUUGUUUUCAGAGCAGACUGUGGCAGCCAUGGCGUUCCUCCAUUUGCAGUGCGCUGCUCCCAUGGCUGCUCCCAGUCUGACAGCAGGCGAACACUAGUAGGCCUGCAGCCUUUUCACAUGGAACAUUUACUGAACAUUUCUCGCGAAACUACUUUUUACAGCAUUUUAUUCUAGUCGGGAAAUAUUCCGACUCCGUAUUAUAGCGAAGUUUUAUUUAGUACUUCUGUCGUAGGCUGCCAGCUAUCAAUGUUUAGUUCUGUCUCGUUUACAUUGUGCAAUCUAUAGAUUACUAUUUUGUUACGUUUAAAAGUGUUAUUUCUUAAUAUUUAUGCGAUGACGCAGUAACAAUUGGGCUUUCUGCAUGCUGCUCAGUGUCCGGACUACACUGAAUGAGACAGUGGGGCUUCCACUACUGUACAGCAUCUAUCAUGACAAUUCACCUAUGCUAUAGCUACAGGUUUCUUUCAAGCAAAUAAUGUUUGGCAUUUUGUCUAGUUCAAUUUCUAUUUUUGUAGUUGUGUCACCUCGUCUAGGUUUAGCCUGCCAUCAGAGCAAAGCCACUUUUACUGGACUUUAAUGAUAGUUAAGGCAUACAGUACAACUUUUGUCAACAAAUUCAGAAUAAGCAACUGAACAGUGACAUCUUCACGGACACUGCGAUGAUGAAGAGUAAAAGUAAGAAACUCGAGGAAGAGGGUUCCACUCACAGCAAUGCGUCAAGCAACUCUGCCUCAGAAGAAUCUAACCACUCUGCAUCAGACUCAGGCAGUCAGUCUGAGAGUGAGCAUGGCAGCGAGCGUGGUAGCGAGCGUGGCAGCGAGCGUGGCAGCGAGCAUGGCAGCGAACGGGGCAGCGAACGGGGGCAGCGAGAGAGGCAGCGAGCAUGGCAGCGAGCGGGGCAGCGAACGGGGUUCUGAACGGGGCAGUGAGCGGGGCAGUGAGCGUGGCAGUGAGCAUGGCAGUGAGCGCAGGAGGUCCCAUAACUCUGAGUCCAACAGCUCCUCAGACUCAGACAGCCAGGCAGAAUCUGAUGAAUCCAAAUCCCACCACAACAGCGAGGCCAAGGACAAGCCUGUGGGCCGCAAGGAGAGACUGGCCGACGUCAAGAAGAUGUGGGAGGAGCAUCCAGAUGUGUACGGCGUGAGGAGGUCCAAUCGCAGCCGUCAGGAGCCUGAGCGCCUCAACAUAGGAGCAGGGGGCAGCAGCGACUCAGAGAGUGAGAGCCCCAAACGCAAAAGCUCCCGGACUAAAAAGAAAGAACGAAUCGGGAAAGAUGGAGACUCUGAUGAUGAAGAGGAAUCGGAGUCUGAAAAUUCCGACAGUGAGCAGGAAGAGAAAAAAGUUAGAUCCAGACGACUUCCUGCCCGAAGGCCUCAAAGCAGAUCCUCCAAAAAGCAACAGUCUCAGAAGGCCAGGAAAUCCAGGAGACAGGAUUCCUCUGUGGAUGAGGAUGAGGAGGAUGAAGACGAUGAUGAAGAUGAUGAAGAUGAUGAAGAGGACACUCCAAAGAGACAACCGCGCAAACGAGGGGCCACCAAAGUUAAGAGCUAUAAAGAGGACCAGCACGACUUUGAGACAGACUCAGACGACCUUAUCGAGAUGACGGGGGACGCAGGUGAGGAGACUCAGGAUGACGACAGCGAGACCAUCGAGAAAGUCAUGGACACCAGGACAGGCAGGAAAGGAGCCACUGGAGCGCGCACUACACUGUACGAAAUGGAGGAGAACGGAGACCCGUGUGAGGGCUUCGACCCCAACUCUGAGGAGGGGGAGACCCAGUACCUGAUCAAGUGGAAGGGCUGGUCAUACAUUCACAACACCUGGGAGAGCCUGGACUCCCUCACACAGCAGAAGGUCAAGGGCCUCAAGAAACUGGACAACUUUAAGAAGAAAAAUGACGAGCUCAGUGCAUGGCUGAAUAAGGCCUCCCCCGAAGACAUUGAGUUCCACAACUGUCAGCAGGAGCUUAAUGCGGAUCUCAACAAACAGUUUCAGAUCGUGGAACGGAUCAUUUCAAUUAAAACUGGAAAGUCCCACGUGCCUUCUGACUUCCCCUCUCACAGCCAUAAGACAGGCUCCUCAGAUGAGCCGGAGUACCUGUGUAAGUGGAUGGGACUGCCAUACUCGGAGUGCAGCUGGGAAGACGGUGCUCUGGUCAAGAAGAAGUUCCAACACUGCGUCGACAGCUUCAACAGCCGCAACUCCAGCAAGACCCUGCCCUCCAAAGACUGCAAGGUUCUGAAGCAAAGGCCAAGGUUUGUGGCUCUGAAGAAACAGCCUUCAUACAUCGGAGAUGAAAACUUGGAGCUGAGAGACUACCAGCUGGCUGGGGUCAACUGGCUGGCUCACUCCUGGUGCAGGUACAGCUCAGUGGGAUCGACUGUGUGGAUGUGUAACAGUGUAAUUCUGGCUGAUGAGAUGGGCCUUGGGAAGACCAUCCAGACAAUCUCGUUCCUGUCCUACCUGUUCAACCAGCACCAGCUGUAUGGACCCUUUCUGGUGGUGGUGCCCCUGUCCACACUUACGUCCUGGCAGAGGGAGUUCCAAACCUGGGCCCCCAGCAUGAACGUGGUGGUGUACCUGGGAGACGUCAUGAGCAGGAAGACGAUUCGGGACUAUGAGUGGGUGAACCACCAAACAAAGAGGAUCCGCUUCAAUGCUUUGUUAACAACAUAUGAAAUCCUCUUGAAAGAUAAGGGCGUGCUGGGCAACAUAAACUGGGCGUUCCUGGGUGUGGAUGAGGCUCACCGUUUGAAGAACGAUGACUCUCUGCUGUACAAGAGCCUGAUGGAGUUUAGGUCUAACCACAGACUGCUGAUCACAGGCACACCCCUGCAGAACUCCCUUAAAGAACUGUGGUCCCUACUGCACUUCCUCAUGCCUCACAAGUUUGACUCGUGGGAGGACUUUGAGGAUGAGCAUGGAAAAGGACGUGAAAAUGGCUACCAGAGCCUGCACAAAGUACUGGAGCCGUUCCUGCUGCGUCGUGUCAAGAAGGACGUAGAGAAGUCUCUGCCUGCCAAAGUGGAGCAGAUCCUGCGCGUGGACAUGAGCGCUCAGCAGAAACAGUUCUACAAGUGGAUUCUCACAAGAAACUACAAGGCUCUGUCUAAGGGCACCAGAGGCAGCUCAUCUGGCUUCCUCAACAUUGUCAUGGAGCUGAAGAAGUGCUGCAACCAUAGCUUCCUUAUCAAACUGCCCGAGGAGGAAGAGGAGGGAGAGAGCAGACCCACACAGCUGCAGGCCCUUGUGCGAGGCAGUGGGAAGCUGGUGCUGCUGGACAAGCUGCUCACCCGCCUCCGAGAGAGAGGGAACAGAGUCCUGAUCUUCUCUCAGAUGGUGCGCAUGCUGGACAUCCUGGCUGAGUACCUCACCAUGAAGAGAUACCCUUUCCAGCGACUGGACGGUUCCAUAAAGGGAGAGAUCCGGAAACAGGCUCUGGACCACUUUAACGCAGAGGGCUCAGAGGACUUCUGCUUCCUGCUGUCCACUCGGGCUGGAGGUCUGGGAAUUAACCUGGCCUCUGCAGACACUGUGGUCAUCUUCGACUCAGACUGGAACCCUCAGAAUGACCUGCAGGCUCAGGCUCGGGCACACCGCAUUGGGCAGAAGAAGCAGGUAAAUAUUUAUCGGUUGGUGACCAAAGGAACAGUGGAGGAGGACAUCAUUGAGAGAGCCAAGAAGAAGAUGGUUCUGGACCAUCUGGUCAUUCAGAGGAUGGACACCACUGGACGCACCGUUUUGGACAACAGCUCAGGAAGCACAAAUUCCAAUCCCUUCAACAAAGAAGAGCUGACAGCCAUCCUCAAGUUUGGAGCAGAGGAGCUGUUUAAAGAGCCAGAGGGGGAGGAAUCGGAGCCACAGGAAAUGGACAUCGAUGAGAUUCUGAGACUGGCUGAGACCAGAGAGAGCGACCAGGGUUCCAGCGCCACAGACGAGCUCCUGUCUCAGUUCAAGGUGGCUAAUUUCUCCACUAUGGAGGAGAGCACUCAGGAGCUGGAGGAGAAGCCUGCUCGAGAGUGGGAGGAGAUCAUUCCAGAAGAGCAGCGCAAGAAGAUAGAGGAGGAGGAGAGGCAGAGGGAGAUGGAGGACAUCUUCAUGCUGCCCAGAAGCAGGAGCUCCAACAAGAAGGCCCAGGCUAACGAUAGUGACAGUGACGUGGGCUCCAAGCUGAAGAACCGCUCCUCCGGCUCUGACAGCGACAGUGAUGACAGCGGGGACGACAAGAGGCCCAAGAGGAGAGGCCGUCCCCGGGCUCGCAAGAACAACGUGGAGGGCUUCACUGACGCUGAGAUCCGCAGGUUCAUCAAGGCUUAUAAGAAGUUUGGGGCCCCCCUUGAAAGGCUGGAGGCCAUUGCUCGAGACUCUGAGCUGGUGGACAAGUCCAUCGCAGACCUGAAGAGAUUGGGUGAGCUGGUCCACUCUACCUGUAUGUCAGCACUGCAGGAGCACGAGGAGCAGCUCAAGGAAAACCCUGUGGAAGCCAAAGGUCCUGGGAAACGCAGGGGGAUCAACAUCAAAAUCUCAGGAGUCCAGGUCAAUGCCAAGUCCAUCAUCCAACAUGAAGAGGAGUUUGAGCCUCUCCACAAAGCGGUGCCAGCCAACCCCAGCGACAGAAACAAGUUUAUGCUGAACCUCCGGGUGAAGCAGGCCCACUUUGACGUGGAGUGGGACCUCCAGGAUGACACUCAGUUGCUGCUGGGGAUCUAUGAGCAUGGUUUUGGGAACUGGGACCUGAUCAAGACUGAUCCUGACAUGAGGCUUGUGGACAAGAUCCUGCCCGAUGACCCCAGUAAGAAGCCCCAGGGCAAGCAGCUGCAGGCGCGCGCCGAGUACCUGCUCAAACUGCUCAAGAAAGAGCAGGACAGUACGGAGCAGGUGCCCAGAGAUGAGGUGAAGGUAAAAAAGAGGAAGCCACGGGUGAAGAAGGACAGCGGUGCUCUGAAGGAUGAGCAGGGCCAGGACAUAUGCUCCCCGCGCCUGUCAGACAACCAAUCAGAGGAGGGGGGUGUCAAGCAGGAAGAUGGAGCGGAGAAGUCCCCCACUAAGAAAAGACCAAAGAAACGCGCCAACAAGGAAAACAAGGAGAAGCAGGGCACUCCCAAAAAGGACAAGGAUGUAGAGAAGGACAAGAAGGCCCCACGACCCCGCAAGGAUAAGCCUAAAGUGGUUAAGGGCAGGAAGAACCAGGGCCCUGUGCACAUCACAGCCGGCUCUGAGCCCAUCCCCAUCCAGGGUAAAGAGGACGACGAACUGGACCAGGAGACUUUUAGCAUUUGUAAGGAGCGCAUGCGUCCAGUGAAGAAGGCUCUGAAGCAGCUGGACAAGCCGGACGAGGGGCUGUCCGACCAAGAACAGCUGCAGCACACCCGCACCUGUUUGCUCAAGAUCGGAGACCGAAUCAGCGAGUGCCUGAAGGCCUACAGUGACCCGGAGCAUGUCAAGCUGUGGAGGAGAAACCUGUGGAUUUUUGUCUCCAAGUUCACUGAGUUUGGUGCCCGGAAGCUCCACAAACUGUACAAGAUGGCUCAGAAGAAGCGGUCUCAUGAGGAGGAGAAAGAGCAUAAGAAGAAGGACGAUGGUGGUAAAGCCAAGCCGCUUAGAUCAGAGGCUGCAGGCUCCAGCCGGGAGGGAGGGGCCUCCUCCAAAUCCGGGGCCCAGGGACACCACCGAGAACCCCACGCCACAGGAGCCAAGAGGCACUUCAAUGACGAGCGCGGGGACUGGCAGAGGGACAGGAAGUACCCAUACCCCAGUAACAGUGGGCCACCAUGGGGAGAGCGCCCCCAUCAGUACGACCGCUACAAAGACCACUACAGUGACCGCCGGCCACACGGAGGAGAAUAUCGCAGCUCAGGAGGGUACCGAAACAACACGUCACCACGGAAACGGCCUUACGAGUACAGCAACGACCGAGACCACCGGGCCCACCGACCGUACUAUGACAGACAUUCAGACCCGAAGAGGAGACGUCCCGAUGAGUUCCGUGGCCCGGGUUACCACUCAGGCCGGGAGGGGCCCAUGCAGGAGUUCAGGAGGCCCCCAGAGCACAGGCAGAGUGGCCCCCCAGGACCUGACAACUACCGGCCCUUCCCCCCUGACAAGCCCCCCCUCUGCUGGACCCCCGCUCCCCCCAGACCCACAAGUCCCCGCAGGACUCCCGCUCCCCCCUCGAGAGGCCCCUGGACCCUAACGCUAGUGGGGAUGCUGUUUGGAGCCGCAAAGCCAACUAAGCUAAAGGGAUUCUGCUCAGCUGUGUGUCUGAUUGCAGAGAACUGAACUGAAAACUGACACACAUACUGUAGACCAGGAGUAGACCAAGUCUAAACCAGAAUUAAACCAGGUCUAAACCUGGUCUUAACAAGUAUUGCUCCUGUCUAAAACAGGAGAAAAGCAGACAAAAUCUGAUUAGAUUUCAGUCCAAGUAAGCAGAGAAUUUCUGAGUUUCAUCAGAAAAAGCCCUCUUCCGUCAGUUAGAGACGCGCUCUCCUGUGACUGUCUUAAAGUCCGUUGUCUGGGCCAGUGUGCCAAAGUGGGCCAGGCCAAACCACUCCAGCUGCUCUGUGACAACAGGGGCCCACCGGGGUGGGUGUUUAUCCCUGUGUCUGUAUCACACUGACUGUGUCAGAACUUAGUCCUAUGGAACUACUCCGCAGCAGUGUGUGAGGAUUUUGAGAAGUGUGUAGGGUUAUGGACUGCCCCUCAAAGUGCCUGAGUGGAUCAUGUAUGGGAGAUGCUCCCAGAAGAACACAGUGACAUGGACAUGUGUUAUUAUUAUGAUUUGUGAGAUUAGCUUUAAGUUUUGUGAAUUUAAAAAAAAGAAUGUUGUAAUGCACCUUCAAAUGUAGCUCUCUCCCUCCCCUGUCCUCCGCUGAAGUGUCAAACGUGUAGUACAGACUCAGAUCUGUAUGUCAGUCCUCUGUGCUGGGAGGGAGCGGCACUAUUCAGGCACAAACCCUGUUGUAACACUACAUACAUUUCGCCUCUCAGUAUUAGCCACUCCACCUUCUCUUGCACAUUUUAACUGGGAUGGUAACUACAGUACCAGGUCUGAUUUUAGCUCUCCUCUGGGUCCACACGGUUUCCCGCUGAUAAAUUAGUCUGUGCCAAAGUCCGGCUUUUCCUUUAGCUUUUCCAUGGUGCCUUAUUUGUGUUUUAUUGUAUUAAACAUGGACAGUACAUGGACAGUACAUGGACAGUACAUGGACAGUACAUGGACAGUACAUGGACAGUACAUGGACAGUACAUGGACAGUACUCACGUGACAGUGUGGGCAGUGGAAGGCGAGUAUUCGGGACCAUUUCUCCUGUUUGUGAAUGUGGCUGACUUGAACUCUUUGAAAGCUACAUCUGUGGAUCUUGAAGAAAUAAUUUAUAUUUGAAACAUGUGCUGUACCUAUGGGACAUGUGGAAUAAACUCGUGUUCAUAAACCGG